UACCUCCUCAAACAGAAGAUUUCCGCGUUGUUCGAAGAUGCGUUUUCAGUUUACAAAUACACAAUACCUUUGUUGAUAUUGCACGAGUAUUUUCAUAUAAUUACGUGGUGUAACAACACAAUGACUGACAAGAUGGAAACAACACCAAAUCCAACAGUUAAUGAAGAAAUGCCUCCACCUCAGACCAAGGAGGUUUUAAGAAAUGAUAAAGCUGUAGUGGAGAUUCUGGAUUCUGAUUCUGAAAGUGAUGACCCCGUGUAUAAAUUUAGUUUUGACAUUGAGGAUCUGAUAACAUCCACAUUGAAUGAGUUUGGGGAUCCAGAGAGAAAUGAGGAUUCACCAAAAAUGACACAAACUCUUAAUGACCUCAGUGGACAGAUAAGAGGAAUUGAAAGAAAACAGAAAGAAAUUGAGAAGAUUUUUAGUAAUUGUGAAGAAAGAUUGAGAAUUUAUCAGCAAGAGCUGGAGGAAGCAGAUAAAGAAGAAAUAAGUGACGAAGAAUCAAGCAUGAGGUUGAAAGAAGUAGCAGCAGAAAUGGAGGCAAAAGAGGCAGCGGAAGCCAAUGCCAAGAAUGAAGAAACGGACUCAGAUGACGACGUCCAAAUCAUUGCUUCUUCUUUUGAUCCUGAGGUCUCAGCCAAAAAUCAAAGUCGACUCCAAGUUCUGAAGAUUCCACCCCAGCAGAAAAGUACCUCCCCUAGCUUGGCUAAUCUGAGACAGGCUCUAACGGGAGCCAUCAAUGACUCGAUCAAUCAGCAACAACAGGGCACCACCCAACAGCUUUCAUCAGCUAAGAGCUCCACAGUACUAUCAAGUGCCCAGACUAAGACGGCAUAUCUUCAGAUGGCCAUGAACAUCAAAGAGGGAAGCAAGGUGCUUGGGAAGAAAUACAAUGAUAUUUGGUACAAGGGUACUGUAGUGGAUAUGACUGUGGCCAGGGAUUUAGCUUAUAAUACUUAUACAGUAAAGUUUGAUGGCAAGGGAAGAAAAUCCCUGCCAGCUCUGAAUAUUGCCUUCAAGGAAUCCUUGAGUAAACCGGUGUCUGUUGGAACCAGGGUGGUCGCCCUCUACAAAGAUGAGGAGUCCAUGGCUUCGUUUUAUGCAGGAAUUGUGGCAGAGACUCCCAACCAAAGAAAUGCUUACAGGUAUUUGAUUUUCUUUGAUGAUGGAUAUGCCCAGUAUUCCAGGUCAGAGGACAUACAUAAAGUACUGGCUCAGAGUGCAAAUGUUUGGGAGGAUAUUCAUCAAGAUUCUCAAGAAUUUAUCAAAGAUUAUCUUAAACAGUACCCAGAGAGACCAAUGGUGCGACUAAACAAGGGUCAAACAGUGAGAACAGAAUGGAAUGGAAAAUGGUGGACUGCAAAAGUGGAGGAGGUUGAUUCAAGUCUGGCCAAGAUGUAUUUUCUGGCAGAUAAAAGAAUAGAGUGGAUAUACAGGGGCUCUACUCGUCUGGAACCUCUCUUCACUGCAUUGUCCAAUGCAAACAAGGCCCCUGGUAAAAUGAGAAGAACAAAUAUGCCUUCCAAUAAAAAACAUGUAGUGGAGUAUACACGAGGAAAUUCAGAAGAUGGAAACUCUCAGGGAUCCUCUCAAGUAUUAAAAAUAACAAAGACUCAGAGCAGUCCCUCACUAUCUUCCCUACCGGGGACAAAGACCCCCACCUCCAGUCCUCAGGCCCCGGGGAAAAAGCGGUCAGUGGCCAGGAAGAGCACCACAGGAUCCAGCCAAUCAAAUCAGUCCAUUCAGUCCAAGCAGCCAUCCAGUGUCCCCAGCCAGGGGACAGGGGCCGGUGAAACUCAGCCCACAAAGUGGGAGGGGCCGUGGCUGAAGUUAAAUAAACGCCACUCAGCUAGUGCCUCAGGGGGAGGAGAGAAAAAGUCCAGAGAGAUGUACUCAGCCAGCAGUAUUAGCAGUAACAAGACAGGCACGGACAUGGCCAGUGUUCUACAAGAAAGGCUGUCCAAAGUGACCAAAGACGAAAUCCCAGGAAAAAUAGAAAAAUCAAAAAGUACACAGAAAGAUGAAGAGUCUUUAGGAGAGAGAUUGGAAUCUGCAAUACUUGUUAAAGACCAACUCAGGAAAGUUUUUACUAAUCAUGAAUGUGGACCAAACUGUCUGACAGAAGAUGACCCACAGAAAUACAAGGGAACUAACCCUCUCCUGAUUCCACUGCUGUGUGGCUGGGAAAGACAUGUAUGUAAGAUAAAGCCUGCCUACAAGAGAAUAGUGGUGUACAGAGCCCCUUGUGCCAGGAGGAUACGCAAUAUUAGGGAAGUGGAACUGUUUCUGGCAGUGACUGACAGCAGUCUGACCAUCGAUCUCUUCUGUUUUGACCCACAACUCCACGUCCACAAAGAGUUUGUACCAGUUAAGACAUUCUGUGACAUAAAGGACUUAUCUUAUGGUAAGGAGAACGUGCCAAUAUCCUGUGUGAAUGCUAUAGACAGACUGUACCCUGACUAUGUAGAGUAUUCCAAUGUCCGUAUCCCAAUGAAGGGAGUCAAGCUUAACGUGGACCCCGAGUUCUUAGUCGGAUGUGACUGCACUGACAACUGCAGGGACAAGUCUAAGUGUGCUUGUCAGCAAAUGACUGUAGAAUCCACAACAGUGGCAGGGGGUAAAAUUAAUCCAGAGGCUGGCUACGAAAACAGGAGGCUCCAGGAACCUAUAGUGACAGGAAUAUAUGAGUGUAAUUCCAAGUGUAAAUGUGACUGCCGCUGUGUCAAUCGUGUGGCCCAGAAUCCACUCACCGUCAGACUGCAGGUGUUCAAGACAGAAAAGAGAGGCUGGGGCUUGAGGUGUUUAGAUGACAUUCCAGCCGGAGGAUUUAUCUGUAUCUAUGCUGGGCAACUGCUGACAGAGCAGGGAGCCAAUACAGAUGGUCAGCAGUAUGGGGAUGAGUACCUGGCAGAGCUUGACUAUAUGGAGGUGGUGGAGGGGUGUAAGGAGGGGUAUGAGAGUAACGUGGACCAGGACGAGGGACUGGGGGACAACAGCGAAGAGGAGGAGGAGGAGGAGGAAGAAGAAGAAGAGGAAGAGAGUGAGGAAGAACACCUUGAGAGUGAUUCCGACAGUGAUUUCGAGGGUAAAAUAAGAAGUUCCUCUAAUUCCCAGGACAACCCCCAUCACACGAGGGAAAUGAGGAACUUGAGAACAAGGACCAGAAAACAGGGAGGAAGUACAGAAACUAAAGAGGGAACCAGGAAAGAGCCAUGUAAACUGGUUCUCAGGCGUGACUCGUCCAGGUCCACAGAUCAAGAGGAAUGGUCGGUCAAGCUUGGAGCCCCCUCUUCAGGGAACAAUUCUCUCUUGAAUAACGAGGUCAUCCUAAUUAAUGAUGAUGAGGAUGAUGACGAAGAGCAGAUUCAGGCAACAAAGAUGGAGAAGUCAGUGUGCAAUGAUUCUGUGGACACGGACUCACUUCCUGAUCUAGAUGGAGACACUCCCACUCAGAAACCUCCGAAAAACGAGCCCGCCCCAGAAAAAAAAGUAGUCGAUCAGAACCAACCACAUGUAACUCAAGCAUUCACAGCUCGUAGAAGCACUACCUCACGUUUUAAGAACUUGCCUGAUCCUAAACGCAAACUCGCAGCUGAAGGACAAAGAGACGAAGGAAUUGAUGAAGAGCCUGUGCACAGAGCAACUAGACAUUAUUAUCAGGAUGGACAAGCCUGCUACAUCAUGGAUGCUAAAUCUCAGGGAAAUAUUGGCCGAUAUCUUAAUCAUAGUUGUAACCCCAAUGUCUUUGUACAAAAUGUGUUUGUGGAUACGCAUGAUCUCCGGUUUCCAUGGGUUGCAUUUUUCACUCUGCAGUAUGUACGAGCUGGGACAGAGUUGACCUGGGACUAUAAUUACGAAGUUGGCAGUGUGCCAGGAAAGGUUCUCUAUUGUUACUGUGGGUCCUCAGAAUGCAGGGGCAGACUACUCUGACAUAUCAUCACAUUUAACGUUUAUUUAGUCAUUUGUACAUGAACGUCUUUUCAUUGUAUAUUGUUGUACAUAUAUGUUGCAAAAUAUACUUGAAAAUAAAUAUAAUAAAAGUUUUAA